CAAGAUAGAAGAUACAAAGCUAGUGAGCUCGCGAGCUUGCUCUUCGAUCUCUCUUUCUCUCGUUAGGCUCCGUACGACCAUGGCGAAGCCUCGCAAGCCCAAGAAUGAGGACGCCAAGCCCGACAACUCCGGGCCAGUCGUUCGUCAUCAGAAGCUCUGCCUCUCCGUCGACAUCGAUAAGCGUCGCAUUUAUGGGUACACGGAGUUGAAGAUUUCCGUCCCAGAAAUUGGGAUUGUAGGGUUACACGCAGAAAACCUGGGGAUUGAGAGUGUUUCAGUCGACGGCGAGCAGACUGAGUUUGAGUACUACCCGCAUAGUAAUCAUAAAGAUGCGGAAAGCGAGAAGAGAUGGAGUUGGGUUACGUCUCCGAGCUCUGCUGCCGAUGCGGCAGGUUCCACUUAUAUAUCGGCUCUUGAGAGAGAAUUGGUCCCGAAUUUACUGAUCAAUUGUUGUAAGGCAUUCAAGGCCGGAAGCGAACUGCAGGAGCAACUGGUUGUGGAUAAUGAGGUGCAACAUUCAUCUGGGGAAGCCAAGCAGAAUGUGCGGUUGGUUCGUAUUGAUUAUUGGGUAGAGAAAGCAGAGACAGGAAUUCACUUUCAUGAUACUGUUCUACAUACUGAUAACCAGAUACGGCGUGCACGAUGCUGGUUCCCUUGUAUGGAUGAAAGUUCACAGAUUUGCUGCUAUGAUCUGGAGUUUACUGUUGCACAAAAUCUUGUGGCUGUUAGCACUGGAAGCUUACUAUACCAGGUUUUGAGCAAGGAUGAUCCUCCUCGCAAAACAUAUGUUUAUAGAUUAGAUGUUCCAGUUAGUGCUCGGUGGAUAUCUUUGGUGGUUGCACCUUUUGAAAUCCUUCCUGAUCACCAACUUGGUCUAAUAUCUCACAUGUGCUUGCCAGCUAAUAUGUCAAAGCUUCGGAAUACUGUAGAGUUUUUUCAUGGUGCAUUUAGCUGUUAUAAGGAUUACCUUUCGAUAAACUUUCCUUUUGGGUCAUACAAGCAAGUUUUUAUUGAGCCUGAGAUGGCAGUAUCAUCAAUAUGUUCGGGGGCCUCCAUGAGCAUUUUCAGUUCUCAAGUUUUGUUUGAUGAGAAGAUCAUUGAUCAGACCAUUGACACAAGGAUUAAACUUGCGUUUGCCCUGGCAAGACAAUGGUUUGGUGUCUAUAUCACCCCCGAGGCACCUAAUGAUGAGUGGCUGCUGGAUGGUCUUGCUGGGUUUUUGACAGAUUUGUUUAUCAAAAAAUAUUUGGGAAAUAAUGAGGCACGCUAUCGAAGAUAUAAGGCAAAUUGUACUGUUUGCAAAGCAGAUGAUAGUGGUGCAACUGCUUUAAGCUCUGCUGCUUCUUGUAAGGAUUUGUAUGGAACUCAAUGCAUUGGAAUAUACAGCAAAAUUAGGUCAUGGAAAUCUGUGGCAAUCCUUCAAAUGUUGGAAAAGCAGAUGGGACCUGAGUCUUUCCGUAAAAUUUUGCAGACAAUAGUUUUGAGGGCUCAAGAUAAGACCCGUCCUUUGAGAUCCCUUAGUACGAAGGAGUUUAGGCAUUUUGCUAAUAAGGUUGGUAAUCUUGAGCGUCCAUUUCUUAAAGAAUUUUUUCCUCGAUGGGUAGAAUUGUGUGGUUGCCCAGUCUUGAGGAUGGGCUUCUCCUAUAACAAGCGGAAGAAUAUGGUUGAAUUGGCAGUUUUACGUGGGUGCACAGGCUUGUCGGAUUCAAGUGCCUCUGUUGUUAAUGCAAAUCCAGAAUCUGAAAAGCGAGAUGGUGACAAUGGAUGGCCUGGAAUGAUGAGUAUCAGGGCUCAUGAACUUGAUGGUACAUUUGAUCAUCCAGUUCUGCCAAUGGCUGGAGAAAUAUGGCAGCUGCUGGAAAUACAAUGCCAUUCAAAGCUUGCUGCUAGACGCUUUCAAAAGCCUAAAAAGGGUUCAAAACUAGAUGGGGCUGAUGAUAAUGGGGAUGGUGCUCCGGCUCUAGAUAUGCGUUCCAGUAUGGAAUCACCGUUGUUGUGGAUGAGGGCAGACCCAGAAAUGGAAUAUCUUGCUGAAAUUCAUUUCAAUCAACCUGUACAGAUGUGGAUUAAUCAGUUGGAGAAGGACAAAGAUGUUGUUGCUCAGGCACAAGCAAUUUCAACACUGGAGUCCUUACCGCAGCUUCCCUUUUCUGUUGUUAAUGCUCUCAAUAAUUUCCUCAUUGACUCCAAGGCCUUUUGGAGAGUUCGAAUUGAGGCUGCAUUUGCAUUGGCAAAUACAGCAUCUGAGGAUACUGAUUGGGCUGGUCUACUCCAUUUAGUGAAAUUUUAUAAAAGUCGAAGGUUUGAUGCGAACAUUGGACUCCCCAAGCCAAAUGACUUUCAUGAUAUUUCUGAGUACUUUGUUCUUGAGGUCAUUCCACAUGCUAUAGCUAUGGUGAGAGCUGCAGACAAGAAAAGCCCAAGAGAGGCUGUGGAGUUUGUUUUACAACUUUUGAAGUACAAUGACAACAAUGGGAACCCUUACUCUGAUGUCUUCUGGCUUGCUGCAUUAAUUGAGUCUGUUGGAGAACUUGAAUUUGGGCAACAGAGUAUUCUCUUUUUAUCAUCUCUUCUGAAGCGCAUUGAUCGGAUUUUGCAAUUUGACAGGUUGAUGCCUAGCUACAAUGGUAUCUUGUCAGUCAGCUGUAUUAGGUCCCUGACACAGAUUGCCUUAAAACUCUUGGGAUUUAUUCCUCUGGAUCGCGUAUUUGAACUUGUAAAACCUUUUCGGGAUAGCAAGGCAAUAUGGCAAGUUCGGGUUGAAGCAAGCAGAGCACUCCUUGAUCUUGAGUUCCACUGCAAAGGCAUUGACGCGGCUUUGGAACUGUUUAUCAAAUAUUUAGAUGAAGAGACAUCCUUCAGAGGGCAGGUGAAAUUGGCUGUGCAUGCUAUGAGAUUAUGCCAGAUUAGAGGUGGAUCUGAUUUUAAUGACAACAUUAGGAGCCAAACUCUUGUGGCUUUGCUUUGCCUACUUGAAGGCCGGAUGGCUUUUAAUAAUAUCUUUCUUCGUCAUCACUUAUUCUGCAUCCUACAAAUCCUUGCAGGAAGGGCCCCAACACUAUAUGGAGUACCCAGAGAUCAUAAACCAUUUCAUCUAGGGGCUGCGGAAAGCUUCCACGAGCAGAAAAAUAUCUUUGCUACUUUCAUUCCAGAAAGUAAAUUUUUGGAACCACCUUCUGAAGCCCCAAACCAUUCCCGUGAUGAUUUGACUGUCCUUGAAACUUCUAGAGAUGGACUGCCUGCUCCAGAAAUUUCCAUGAAUGGGUUAUCUGUUCCAGCUCCAGAAACUUCCAGGGAUGGGUUUGCCUUUCCAGGAGCUUCUAAAGAUGAUUUGGGUGUUCCCGAACCUACAAAUGAUGGUUUAGAUGCUCCAGAACCCUCCGGUGGUGGUUUGGGUGAUCCACAGCCUUCCAGUGUUUGUUUGGUUGCUCCAAAACCUACCGGUGGUGGUUUGGUUGCUCCAGAACCUUCCGGUGGUGUUUUGGUUGCUCCAGAACCUUCCAUUGGUAGUUUUGGUGCACCAGAACCUUCAAUUGGUAGUUUCGGUGCUCCAGAACCUUCCAAGGAUGGCUUAGUGGUUUCAGAACCUUUCAAGGAUGGCUUGGCAGUUCUCGAACCUUUCAAGGAAGCAGAUACCAUUUCCAACAGCCAUAAACGGAAGCUGCCAGUUGUUAAGAUCAGGGUCAAAAGAUCUGCUACUACUAGUAGAGCAGAAGAAUGUGAUAAUCAAACUGCUGAGAGGUCACAAGGUGGGCAUCUUGAAACUGAUCAUGGGCCAAGCAGUUCAGUAUCUGUGGAUGCGCCUCACAGAAAUUUUCCAGAGACUGUGAGCCUUAGCAAUCAAAAUGUUGAGGAAGUUAACUCUUGGCAUGAUCUUGGAUCCCGGAUGACUGCCAGCAUUGGUAGUGCAAAACUUGCGAGUGACGGUGAUGAUAUAGGAAAGGAAUUGCAGUGCACUGCUGAUUCAAGCAAAGUUUCUGCACUGCCUCAGCCUGAAGAUCCAUCACCUAGGUAUAUCCAGGAUAACCAAGAUGCAGAUGUCCAAAAGUAUGCAAGUCUCCAAGCUCUUUCAGUUCCUAGGAAUGAUGUUAACGGUGGUUCAUUUGGCAUGGUGGAUUCUCUUCCUCGUGGGAAAGAAAAGGAGAAAAAGAAAGACAAGGAAAAGAAACGAAAGCGGGACAAGGGGCACCGAGAUGAUCCCGAGUAUCUGGAGCGGAAGCGCUUAAAGAAGGAGAAAAAACAGAAGGAGAAGGAAAUGGCAAAGUUGUUGAAUGAGACCGGAAAAGUAUCUUCAGCGGACUUACCACACAGUAGGAAAGAGAUACCUGGUAUAAAGUCGGCAAAUGUGCAACUCAAACCAGCUGAGCCCAGUGGAUCCAACAAAUUAGUGAUCACAGGGGUCGAAGCCACCAGGCCUGAGGCAUCAGAAGGUACUUCUGCUACUCCCAGGUUUCGUAUUAAAACAAAAAUCCGAACACACAGCAAACCGUAAUGAAUGUUUUGUACCCUUGUCACAAAUUGAACGAGGGUUGCUACUUAGAAAUAUAAAUUUUGGAUUGUGUGUUUAGGUGUAUAGUGAUAUUGUGAGAGACAGUAGCAGACACUACAGAAUAUUAGUUUAUGAAUGCUUUUGUGUUUGCACAUUGUUAGUCCCGACUGUUUGAUGAUUCUUAACAAUCGCCAUUCACCAGUGCCAAACAUACCGCCUUUUCUUGUC